UGGUUCCAAAUCCCACCUCUUGGAUGAGCCAGCCCAGCCCCAGAUAUGAGAAACAGGAAAUAGGAUACCAUCCCAAGCAACCAACUUGUCUCCUGUUUGGUGCACUGAAACACUUGCUACUAUACACCUUUUUAUUUUCUCUCAAACAUUUCUUUCUUUUUCAUUUAUUUUUUCUUUUAUAGCCCUACCCCCUAAAAGUAAACCCCCACCCACCAUAUAUCAUCAUCUUCCAUCUUUAAUUUAUUCUUCUUCCUCUCCCCCUCACUUUUCUUAUUAUUAUUGCUAUUAAAUCAGAUUAGAUUCGAUUUUAAAGACAUCUAUAUAUCUAUAUAAUCUCUCUAUUCUUGGAUCCCAGCCUUAUUAUGACAAACCCACUAAGCUGCAUUUCUUUUAUAACUUUCCCUGAAAUCUUUCUUACUUGAAAAAACAAAUUCUCUAAAUUAAACCCUCGCUUAGCUUAACAUUAAUGGCGGAUCGGUAGAAGAUGAGAUCAUCUAGCUAAUUAAGGCGGUGGUUGGCGCGCUCCUCCUUCUCCUCCUCCUGCUGAUAAUCCGGCCACCGAUUCUGUCUAACUACUCAUCAUCAUCGUCAUCAUCAUAAAUCUGAUCCAUCUUAUCUUGUUUAUAAGGUAAAUAGUUGCUCUCCUUAAUUCAGGGCCCCGUCUUUUUGGCUUUUCUCCCCCUUUACAGCUGCUACCUACCUAGCUAUUAUCCAUGAAUUGUUCCAUCUCGCUUUCAUUUUCCUUUUCUUUUACCAAUUUAUUUUCCUAGCCGACCAGCUAGUCCAGAUCUUUCUCUCAAUUUCAAGCAAACUUUUCAGAUUUAUAUAUGAAAGCUAGCUAUUCCAGUUGACGGGUCAAAGCGUUUCGUUUUAAUUAGAUAAGGAGAUAAGAAUGUCAGGGUCGCUUGCCGGUUACAAUCCACUUGAAGAGUUAGAUCACACACCGCCGCCGCAGCCUCAAGAUCUGCAGCACGGCAGCGGAGGGUAUAAGUCGAAGCUGACGGCGAUGAGCGCCGCGGUCGGAGGAGCCGCCUGCAGGUACCGGGAAUGUCUCAAGAACCACGCCGCAAGCGUCGGCGGGAACGUCACGGACGGCUGCGGCGAGUUCAUGCCCAGCGGCGAGGAGGGGACUCUGGAGGCCCUGAAAUGCGCCGCCUGCAACUGCCACCGCAACUUCCACCGCAAAGAACGCGGCGGCGGAGAUGGGGUCAUGAUUGUCCACCCGCUUCAGCUCCCGCCGCCGCCCGCGCUGCCUCCGUCCAUGAUGACAUCUCCGUCGUCGAUGAACCACCACCACCACAACCAGAACCACCAUCACCACCACCGGAGUACUCAGUGGGGUGCAGCGCCGCCGAGCUCCCUUCCCGCCCCGCCGCCGGUGAAAAUGGCGGCCUACGGGAGCACGGCGACCGACUCCUCGAGCGAGGAGAUGAACUUCAACGUGUACCAGUCGCAGACGCCGUAUGCGGUGGCGAAGAAGCGGUUUCGGACGAAGUUCUCGUCGGGACAGAAGGAGAAAAUGAUGGAUUUCGCGGAGAAGCUGGGGUGGAGAAUUCCCAGGGAAGAUGACUCUCAGCUGCAAUCUUUCUGUGCAGAAGUUGGUGUGAAGAGACAAGUUUUUAAGGUUUGGAUGCAUAACAACAAAAAUUCCGCCACCAAGAAGAACAGCUCUGGUUCCGAUCACCACCACCAAGACGAUGAAGAUCACCACCACCAAACGCCGGUGGGUAUUGCCGGAAUGUGAUUAAUUCGCCCCCUGUUCUGUUAAUUAAUCAUAGGUACGAAUUGAUUAUCAUCAUGAGCAUCGCCCAUAUCCUUUAGACCUUAAUUAAUUACGUACUUUAAGUAUUAGUUAUUAUAAUUAUAAUUAUAUAAUUGGUGGCCAAUGGCUAGGCUAGUUUUUAUUUAUUUAAAUAUUACUACUACUAUAUGUAUGUGUAACAUUUAAUUUGUAGAUCAAUGGCUCUUGCUGAACGAGAAGGAGAUGUUUGUUUGAUUAAAUUUGCACAAAUAUAUAUCCAUCUUGCCCCUUCUUACAUGCUAUAUGCUACUCCCAACUCCCUGUUUGUUUAAUAUUCUUGUAUUAAUCAGACAAAUAUA